GCCAGAUUCAACAUCCAGCUCCAUCACUCGUUGCGAUAAGGAGUGGCUGUCCUAAACAGUAUGUUGAUAAGGAUCCGACAGGCCUCUGCGAGAUGCGACGAGCUGCCAGUACUCACGACAUUCCAAUGACCAUAAAAAGAUCCUGAUUCUUUACAUCAGGGGCAAGCGCCCACAGCAAGGUUAUUCUGACUGUGAAUUGACAUCCUCGAAUUUAGCAGCUCGUUCAAAUAUAUAGCACCUCCUCCCCAGAUUUUCAGAAAUUUUGAAUCUCUUGUUGGACUUUCAUGAUUUAUUUUCCGAGGCCCACACCAUUCGACAUAUGAGCUCAACCACUAUCAAAUAAUCCCGGCCGAUGGACUCAGACUCACUGAGACAGUCACUUGCUGACCUGGUGACUCGUUCUCAGCCCUACAUCGAUCAUGUUAAUACCCAUUUCCAACAAUCACGACACCAUUGUUCCUCGGCCUUGAAAUCCGCACAAAAGGACCUUCAUACAUUAUCCUUAAAACCCUACUUCCAGGAAGUCCUCUUCUCAUCUCUACUCUUACUUUUCCUUGGCUUCGCCAUCUCCAAAUACCUCUCACGACGAUCAACCCGUCAAAGCGAACAAAUCCCCUCCACACCAAUUGUCGAGAAAGGAUCAUACCGUCGUGAGACCAACACCAGACAACCAGGACAAUGGGAACCAUCGUCCUUCCAAUUCCCCACUCCACCUCCCUAUCCUGACUGGUCCAUCGAAACCACCAAACCCCUUCCAUAUCGACCAUUCCGGUAUGGACCCAAGUAUUUUGUGACGAUGGGUCUCCGCAACGUCGACCACCACGACUGGAUCGAACUAGACAACAACUAUCCUCGAUACCACGGCGAUAAAGCACGACGAAUCAUCGAACGUGGGUCAAAAUGCUGCUAUACAGCACCAGAGGCCUACCCCGCCGCCGUGGAACUCCUCCAAGAACUCGUCUCCUACCUGACGGCGCGUUACCCAAGCCUGUACCAACGGACCGACAAAGGCAUUCGAAACCUCUGGUCCGGCGAACACCUCGACACAACCUCCGACCCACUCCCCGAAGACCCCAUGCAGACAUGCGCACGACUAACGCAAGACGACCUUGCCAUCAUGAUUGAAAAACCCGACGGCCAAUACUACCUCCUCGCCGGCGCCAUCCUCCUCGCCGGCUUUUGGCGUCUCGAAGACAAAGUAGGCAUGCCCCUAUCAGAGAUUCACACCAGCGGGGACGUACCACAGUAUAAAGAAAAACUCGAAAAAGGCAUGAUGAAUUUCUUCCGUCGCCUCAAGCCGGAAGAACUCGUCGCCCGCAACAAUUAUUUCCUCCAAGUCGACGAAGACCUCGCCUGGAGCAAGUCGAUCGGAUCGGAAGAUUCAGACGGAAUCAGCUGGAACACGGCCGAACAGGAUCGCGCAAUUCAACACCAUUAUUUCCGCAGUGAACGUCAGACACUACGUCGUCUGCCGAAAUCGGGUGGUGUUGUCUUUACGAUCCGUACUUACUUCCAUCCGGUUACGGAAGUUGCCCAGGAACCGUAUGUACCUGGUCGUCUGGCGAGUGCGGUGAGGAGUUGGGGUGAUGAUGUGAGUCGGUAUAAGGGUAAAGCGAAGUAUCAGAAUGUUCUGCUUAAGUAUUUGGAUGACAUGCAUCAGAAACAGGUGGAGAAUGGCCUGCAGCUCGAAGAGGAGGAUGAGGUGAGGAAGUAUCCUUUCUAGGAUGACCACAUACAUCCCGUAUGAUAUAUACAUGGACAGACGCGUUGAUGAUGAGAUGGAUGGCCGUGUUAGCCUUGAAUUUGUGCACACAUUGCAUCUUCUGAUGAACUUGAUUAAAGAAUGC